AUGACCAACAUUUCUUCAACUGAAGGUCUCGAGCUGGCCCAGAUGGUCUUUUAUGGUCUGGUACUUCUACCAGCUUUCGUCUGUUUUGCAGCACAUGGCAAGCACGGAGUUAUGGGAUGGCUCUACGUGAUUAUUAUGUGUGUUCUACGUCUCACCGGAAACGGAAUGGCCUAUCAUUCACUAUCAACGACCGGUCAUGCCAAUGAAACCGCGCAAAUAAUCACCGGCAUUGGGCUGUCACCUCUUCUCCUGGCAACCUUGGGAAUACUUCGCGAAUCCAAUCAUUCGAUCCAGCAAAGACUUCCCAAAAUGCUUAACGGGCCAAGCUUUCUCCUCCCGCAUGUGGCAAUUCUUACUGGUAUUGCCCUUGCCGCUUCUAGUAAUGGGAAGUCCACCUUGCUUGAGGCUGGCAUGGUUGUCCUGGCUAUGGGCUGGCUGAUCAUUGCCCUACUCGUUGUCGUGUCUCUUCGGGCAAAUGCCAGUGACCAAAGAGUAAAUGAUGAGAAAAAGCUUCUCUUGGCUGUUCUCAUUGCCAUACCACUCGUCGGAGUUCGCGUGAUCUACUCGGUUGUCAUUGCGUUUGUGGAUGGGCGAGCUGAUGGAGGCAGUCUGGCGGUUCAAGUCAUCUUUGGAACCAUUCCCGAGUUCCUCGUUAUGAUUACUUUUGUUUCCGUCGGUCUUGUGACUCGGAAUUUGGCAUCCGAUCGGGCUGGAUUGAAGUCGGCAUCAUCUGCAGCAGUCACUCGCCAGUCAUGGCGGGCAGCACGCUCCACGGGCAUGCUCCAGCCAGCCUCAAUGGUCGCUCCUCGUCGAUGGGGAAGCUCAAUCUCACAACGGCCGGGGUCAGAUCGGGUACACUUCCCGGGUGCUGUAAAUAGUAAAUUUACGACCGACAUGACUUUCCUCAAAGCCUCAGAUCUUCCCGCCAUCCCCACCUACAGAGUCAUCGACUCCGACGGCGAAUUAGUGGAUAAGACACGGGGACCCCCGGAUGUUUCUGACGAGGAGAUCUUGACGUGGUACAAGAAUAUGACAACUGUGAGCGUCAUGGACGUGGUGAUGUUCGAGGCACAGCGACAAGGACGCUUGAGUUUCUAUAUGGUUUCGGCCGGUGAAGAAGGAAUUGCUGUCGGCUCUGCAGCGGCUUUGACACCAGACGACGUUGUCUUUGCUCAAUACCGAGAGACUGGUGUUUUUCAACAACGAGGUUUCACACUGAAGAACUUUAUGAGCCAAUUAUUCGCAAAUUGCAAUGAUAAAGGCCGAGGCAGGAACAUGCCUGUGCAUUAUGGCCAAAAUUAUCCCCGCAUUCACACCAUCUCAUCACCAUUGGCUACUCAAAUCCCUCAAGCCUCUGGUGCAGCAUACGCCCUAAAAAUUCAAGACCUCCAAGAUCCCAACCGGGAGCCUCGUAUUGUUACCUGUUACUUCGGCGAAGGCGCGGCUAGUGAAGGUGACUUCCACGCAGCACUCAACAUCGCAGCCACAAGAUCCUGCCCGAUUGUAUUCUUAUGUCGAAACAACGGGUACGCCAUUUCCACGCCCACUCUCGAGCAAUAUCGAGGUGACGGAAUCGCGAGUCGUGGUGUGGGCUACGGUAUUGACACCAUUCGCGUUGACGGGAAUGAUGUCUUUGCAGUUUAUGAAGCCACAAAAGAAGCCAGAAGACGUGCAUUAAGUGAUGGGGGUCGACCUGUCCUGAUCGAGGCGAUGAGCUACCGUGUCUCCCAUCACAGUACGAGUGAUGAUAGCUUUGCGUACCGGGCACGCGUGGAAGUCGAAGAUUGGAAGCGUCGGGACAACCCUAUCAUUCGAUUGCGAAAGUGGCUUGAGAACAAGGGGUUGUGGAGUGAAGAACAGGAGAAGGAGCUUAGGGACACCUUGCGAAAGGAUGUGCUGAAGGAGUUUAGUGAGGCUGAACGGGAGAAGAAGCCUCCUCUUCGUGAGGCCUUUACGGAUGUUUAUGAAGAUAUCACCGAGGAGGCUCAGGAACAGAUGAAGGAGCUGAAGCGUAUUCUGGAAACCUACCCGGAUGAGUACGAUGUGCGUCCAUUCAAAGACGGGGUUAAUGGGCUGGAUUGA